AUGUCAAAGGGAAAGCGAAGACACACCAAGCGGUGGCGUUACCACCACCGCCGCCCAAAAGCCAACCCUAACUACAUCAUCAAGACCGAUGAUGCCACCCCCGUUCUCACCCUGCCCAUGGAGUUGUUUGUCAAAAUCGGCAAGUACUUGACACAAGCGGAGGCCAUGGCGUUUGGUGCGGCUUGCAAACAGGUUGGGUACAUGCUCAGACCGGCCAUCUGGCAGUCCCUCGUGCUCAAGACGGACUCGCACGCGAGGUUUGGGGAGGAGCUGGGCCGAAUUGUUGCCCGCGCGAAGGCCGAGCUGGACAGGUUCCAGCGCUACGAGCUGCCUUGUCGGCCGUUUGUGGAGGAUGUCAAAAACCUCAACCUCUACCUCCAACACCACGAUCCCCUCGACCGUGAAGAACCCCACCACCCCGAACUAGCCAACAAGAUCCUCGACUUGCUCUCCCUCCUCCCAAACGUCCAGAACCUCAACCUGGACCUCAGAGAUCUCCAACAACCACAGGUCGCCCACCUCAUCACCCUCCUGGGUAUCAACUCAACCCCCAUCCUCCCCCAGGCUCGCCAAGUGAGGUUCACCACUGGGGAACACGACCACAACACCGCGCAACAACGCCGUAGCUUCGACCCCAUCACCUGCGGCAGAGUCAUCGCAGCCGUCUGCCGCUCCCUCGGGCCUCACGUAACGGACUUUGAAUUCAUCCGUGGCACAGAGCAAGAAAACAAUGAAGCAUUGCUUGAAGUGGCGGAAGCAUUCACCAACGGCGAAAGAAAAAUGAAGAAAUUGCUCGUUGCGUCCACCGAUUCGAUGCAUGGGUUUGAUAUGUUUGGCGCGAGGGAGAUUUUGGAGCAAAUCGUUGCUCCGCACAGAGAGAGCAUUGAGGAGAUUUUUAUCGGGGAUGAUGCCGAGUGGGAGCCUGAAGGGGGUAGGGAGGAGUGGAGGGAGCACUACGGGGCUGUUGACCAUAUUGUUGGCGCGUUGGAGCAAAUGCCAAAUCUGAAAAGGGUGGCGUUUCCGGUGGUGGAUUUUCGGUGUGAGGGGGUGAGGGAUAUGGCUGGGGAUGAGAAUUUUGCAAGGGAGGAGGUGGAGAAGGAGAUGAGGAGGGUUGUUGGGGCGGUGAUGGAUAGGUUGCCCAACUUGGAUCAUGUGGCGUUUUGGUCGCAGUACCAGGAGAUGGGGGUUGAGGCUUGGAGGGAGGGGGAUGGGGAGGCGGGGUUGGGGUGGAGUUUUCAUGAGGUGAGGGAUGAUUGGAUUCGGCCGAGAAGUGGAAGGGGGGCGUGGCCGAUGGGGAUUUGGGGGCGUUGGUGGUGA